CAUCUCUGGCACUACGAACAAAGACAGUAAAAAUUAUGGCUGCCUCGUGUGAAACUCAAACAGAGGCCGUGAUUAACAUUUCGAAAAACUGCAGAUUGGUGAUGGAACAAUAUGAAAAGCAGAAAAGAUGUUGGCCACAGGUUGGAAGGCACAUUUUAGCGACAUUCGACGAAGACACCCUCGUUGUGUACCAAGCAUACAAACCUUCCAUAGCACAGUAUGCUGUUGAGAAUCAAAGAUUUGGAGGACCAGACUUUGAACUGACCAGGAUGUCUUGGAUCAAAACCAAUUUUCUGUGGAUGAUGUAUAGAUGUGGCUGGGCAACUAAAAGGAACCAAGAGAGAGUGUUAGCAGUACGGAUUAAAAGAGAUGGAUUUGAAGAAAUUUUAGCAAAUGCUUACACUGUUGAGUUUCAGAAAGCAAGAAAGAUUCAGACAAAAGAUAUAAGAGUGCGUCUUCAGUGGGAUCCAGACCAUAGCCCGACCUAUGCUAAUCAGAGAAGGAAAGCCAUCCAGUUAGGACUGAAAGGAGAGAUGCUGCAGAAGUAUAGCUGUGAAUGGAUUGUCAACAUCACUGACAUCACUGAUCUGGUGAAAAGUAUGAAAUCUGAUCUGGAUAAAGGAGGUACAGAAAAACUUUGGACACCAAAAGAAAUUGUCUAUAAUGUCAAAGACAAAACAGUACGAGAGAGAAUUGCUUUGUCAAGUGAGACAGACUCAGACCAGGACCAGUCAUCAAACCCAGGAAGUUCCUGUUCUGCACCACCUGAAAUGAUGGCAGCUGGACCUCAUUCAUGAUGAUGUGUUUUUAUAGAAGAGAUUAUUGUUUAUAGUUGGUUGAAUAUGGUGACUAAGGUGGUUAAGUUGGUAAGGUUAUCUACUCAGAGUUCACAAGUUCUGUGUUCAAACCACCGUCUGUGUUCCUGUUGUAUUUUGCUGGUCCUGUUACAGUAGUUGUGUGUUGAAGGAGGACCUUGACUUAGAUAAUGAAUAGAACUGGGAGGAAGCUGAAAGCCUGAGUGGUCACUUGUGAUUGGAUAACCUCUGUUUAGGAUACAUAACCUCAGUGUUUUAUUAACAUAUAUAACUUCCUUGUUAUGAAAAGAAUAAGCCCACUGGGAAAAAAUUUGUUCUGUGUUAUAUAUAAACACUUUAGUUUCACACAUACAGAUAUUGUACAUGUGUUGUUAAAUGGCCAUUUGUGAUUAACAACCAUUUUGGGCCAAGACGUAUGUUUGUAGAUGAUAUAAAACUAACAUACAUUGUAUAGUCAAAUUAGUAGAUUAAAACAUGAAGGCACUUUUGUCUGGCCAUGUUGAAGAAAUUUAUAUAACAAACAGAUAGAUCUGUGGUGAAUUUCUUUGACAAAAGCAUCUGCUGACAAGUCAAUCUUCAACUCUUCAUAUCAUUACUAAUGAUGACAUCUUUUUCAGAUUUUCAAAAUGUUACUUUCUGUAAUAUUAUUGGAAAAUAUUUCAAAUUUACAAUUUAUUUUAACAUGACUAACAGGGAAAUAAUAAAUAACUGGUCAGUUGUUCAUCAGUACAUCUGAAAUUUUAUUGAUAGUAGUUCUCUACUUCAACAUCUGCACCAUAACAUCUGUGAUAGCUGCUUUAACAUUUACACUUAUCUGUGAUAGCUCAUAUAGUUCAUUCUGUUCAAUUAGCUAAUGUGAUAUUUUUUUUACAGGCAGUGAAAUGUAUUGAUACAAGAAAUUUUGCAAAGUAUUUAAUUAUAUCAUGUUUGCCAACUUUGAAGGGAUGAAACCGGUUUAUUUACUCUAUAUCUAAAAAAAAAUCUUGUAAAUUAGACUUGAUAAAAUCAUCAUACUUUUUAAAGUUAACACUCUUCUGUUAAAAGAUAUCAUAGAAACUAACAAAAGAGAAAGCUGUGUAGGGUUUAUUAGAUUUGUAAAAUAAAACACUAUUGAAAACUUGAAUUUAGCAAGUACCACUACUGAUUUAUAGUUCCAAGUUACCUCAGGAUAGUUUUACUUGAAUGUCCUAUGAAUUAUGUUAUCGUUUACAUUUUACUUUCAUAUAUUAAUUUCAU